AUGGCCUCCAGUUCACUGAAAUCCUCGGACAGCUGGAACACCUCCUGGACCCUGAAGGAGAACAAGCUCUUCGAGCAGGCCCUGGCAAAGUAUGACAAGGACACCCCCGACCGUUGGCACAAAGUGGCCCAGGCUGUCGGGGGGAAGACACCCGAAGAGGUGAAGCGCCACUAUGAACUGCUUGUCGAGGACAUCAAGCACAUUGAGGCAGGCCACGUGCCGUUCCCCAAUUACAGGUCCAACAGCAGCAGGGGAGGCGGCAGGGCUGAAGUAUUUAUAGCCGCGCUAAAGCAAAAGCUGUAA